GAAUUUCGACACGCGACGGAAAGAGGCAUUUAAGCGAGCACAGGAAAGAAACCCCUUCCCGAGACUACUUGCUGCUUCCAAACCCUUUCAGGAGACAAUCUCAUUCGAAUCUCACAAUCGAAAUGUCACACGUUCGGUCCUCACUGCUUCAGAUCUCACAAGUUCAAGCGAAUCAAUCUCCAUUGCUACCAACUUCCAAACGAGCGUGUCCUUUCACCAACCUCAACCUCCACCCAGCUCAUCAAAUCAAAAACAUCACGAUGAAAAAGCAAAACUUCUCCUCCGCGCUUUCAUACCAAGCCCUGCUCACAAGCUACAAUACCAAGCUACUCCUGACUGCUUUGAUGAAGUCGUCGAGAAGCCUAGGACUGAGAUGGAGACUCCUAGUCGGUGGUAUAGGCAGUUGCUGCAUCGGCGUCGGCUCUCUUGUCCGUCGUGUAGGCAGUGGCAGCGUCUGCGUCGGCUCUCUUGUCGGUGGUGUAGGCCGUUGCGGCAUCGGCGUCAGCUCUCUUGUCCGUCGUAUAAGCUGUAGCAGCGUCUGCGUCGGCUCUCUUGUCGGUGGUAUAAGCAGUAGCUGCAUCAGCAUCAGCUCUUUUGUCGGUGGUAUAAGCUGUGGCGGCAUCGGCAUCAGCUCUCUUGUCUGUAGUAUAAGCAGUUGCUGCGUCAGCAUCUGCUCUCUUCUUCUUGUCUGUGGUAUAGGCUGUAGCAGCGUCCGCAUCAGCUCUCUUGUCUGUAGUAUAAGCGGUGGCCGCAUCUGCAUCUGCUGGGCUACGUUUUCCAAUGCCUGUGGUAUCAGAGUCAAUAUUAUGACCAAGAGGUUUUACGAAAUCCUUCACUUGAAUAGAAAUGAAGGCGGCUUUGAUUUGAUACGUACUAGCAGGAAUGGCAGCUGCCAGAGCAAGAGCCAAGAAAGCAGGCAAGAGGAUCAAGGAUUGACGCAUAUUGGACUAAGUUUUUGGUUGGCUUGAGAUGGCGAGUGUGGAGGUCCUUGUGAGUGUUUCUUUGACGGUUCAAUGAGUGUGGCCUGUUUUCAACUUGGGAUUUUAAUUUAUCUUAACAUAAGUGGUUUCAUGGCUUGGGCGACCACUAUGUCGUGCUUCAGAGCUUGAAUGACAAUACCUGCAUUGGAACGGACCGUUUGAAGCAAGUUAGGCUAUGUGUCAUGGAUGCUACAUGCACAACGACUUGAAGUCGUGCAUGUCCUCGAGUCCUU